CAUGCAACUGGCCAAGAGCUGCUCUAAGCGACCAUUCUGCGGUGCAAAAUGUCGACCACCACUGCUGUGCUGGCGACCACCACGCCUGUGCCCGUCAAAAACGCAUCAGUGCCCGCAGAGAGCCCCACUGCUGCAACCCACAAGACCCAGCGCUGGGAGCGCACGCUCGCCGCAACUACCGAAGCACCACUCGAGCGCUUCGAAGCGAAGUUAGUACGAUGGCGGCGGCUCGGCAAGAACCUCGUGUUCCUCGACGUCGUGAGGACGGGCCGGGACGACGAGUGGCAGCUCGCGUGCGCCGCCGCGACGUUCCCCCCGGCGGCCGAACGGGCCGACGUCGUCGUCGUCGAGGCGCGGGAAGAGCCCGCGUGCUCGCGGCGAGGCCUCCGGGCGUUGCGCUGCGACGCGCUUGCGGUCCUGACGGAAAGGCCAUCGGCGGAGAAGCCGGCGAAGAACCCGGAUACAAGGGAGAAGAAGGACGUGCUUUGUAAAGUGUGGGCGCGCGGCGACGCGUGCACGACGAAAAACUGCCCCUACCGGCACGCGUUUCGCGACGCGUUCGAGGAGACGUGGGGCCGGCGGUUAAGAUUGAGGCGGGACCACGACCUCAAGCAGGACGCGGCGGACCCGUUCGCGGCGUACGACAAGUAUGCCAAUAAGAACGCCUGGCGCUUCGUGCCCGGCGACGACAACCGUAAGCGGCGGCACGCGGCGCGGCACGUGGAGUUCGGCGCGUGGAUCUUGCAUAGAUUUGGACGGAGUCUGCUCGAGGCGGGGCCCGUGCUCGACGUGGCCGGCUGUGUGGAAAUCAACCAGUGCGUCGGGUGCACAAUUCUUCACUAAGUCAUUUCUCGGCGAUGACGCGGCCGACCUGGCUCGGUCGAGCGGUGAGGAACCGGCAUCGCUACGCCAUCGAGCAGGCGUCGCAUCGAUGGCGUGGAGGACGACGCGGCGAUUCAGGAACGCACCGUAAAAUUUUGAUUUCCACACAGGUGGCCGGCGGCCGAGGCCAGCUCGCCUGGGAGCUCCAGUGCGUCCACGGGCUCCGGGCGGUGUCGCUCGACCCGCGCUCGGCCAAGGUCCCGCGCAAGAGCCGGCGGAAGCUCCUGCGGAAGCGGCUCGCGGCGCUCACUCCGGACUCGUCGCCCCGGGACCAGCUGAUGGCCCGGAAUCCGCGACGCGUCGAGGCGCUGCUGGAUCCUGCGUUCGAGGCUUCGGAACAGGGUCGCGCGCUGUGUGGAAAUCAAAAUUUUACGGCGCGUUCGUGCGGAAUCAUCGCGUCGUCCUCCACGCCAGCGACGCGACGCCUGCUCGAUGGCGUGGCGAUGCCGGUUCCCCACCGCUCGACCGAGCCAGGACGGCCGCGUCAUCGCCGAGAAAUGACUUAGUGAAGAAUUGUCGGGUGCACCCGACGCACUGGUUGAUUUCCACACAGGUCGCGCGUUACUGGAAAGCUGUUCGGCCAUCGUGGCCCUCCACGCCGACGAGGCCACCGAGGCCGCCGUCGACGCCGCGCUCAAGUACGGGAAGCCCUUUGCCGUCGUGCCCUGUUGUGUCUUCGCGGACCUGUUUCCGAACCGGCCCGCGGCCGUGCGGACGACGGCCGAGUUCUGCGACUACCUGGCGGCGAAGGCCGGCGCCACGCUCGAAUAUCUGCGCUUCGAGGGCAAGAAUAAGGUCGUCGUACGGGGUGAUGCGCCUCCUCGCCGCGACGUCGCCAUCACUGAGCCGCGCGACCCGUCGCACGUCGUCUCCGGCGUGAAGACGGAUCUCAUGUUCGAGCGCAUGCGGCGCGAGCACAAGUCGGCCGCGGCGGCGGCGUGAAUUGAAUUUUUGCGAGUAAUGUCUGUGAACUGAACAA